AUACCUUUGAACGCAAUGCGCGUAGUGAAUAGUUUCCAACAAAUUCUCCGGAAUGCACGCCUCUGAGAGAAAUUUUAUCCUGAAUCACAUCCAUCCAUCCACCAAGCGCGCGCGUUUACAAAGCAAAAAACGGAGAGAAUUUCGCUUCAGAUUUCGAUCUGAUAUCCAUGUGGACCGCCAGCUGCAUAUGGCAUGGCCGGACGGGAACCGUUCGUUCAGUGAUAACCCGAGCUUCGCCGCGAUCGGUCGCAUUCAGUGGGCAAGUGCUUCGUAGUACAAGUGGUUGACAAUCAAAGGAAGCAAGCGUGAGAUAAAUAGUUUGAAAACGUGACAAAACCAUUUGUUGUGACAUAUUUUUAGAUAUAUGUAACCAUAUUUUGAAUAGAUAUCUAACAUCAUACAGUUGACCAUGAAAUGCGAUGACGACGAGCUCUGAAAGAUACCUACCCGUGAAGUGAUCGUUUGUUCAGUGAAUGGACUGUGGAAGGCGGCGUGGUGCGUGCGAAGAUAUUGCGCAGGACGCGCCAGAGGCAUAACAACAUCUUUCCGAAGUGAUAGAAGAAAGCGGGAAACACAAGGCCAGAACGUGUCGGAAAAAUUAUUUGGCCAAUUGUUUAUGUACCUACAUUUCCGUGCAUUUGGGUAUUAAGAUUGCGGGAAAAAAAGUUUACCGCCAACGCCCCCACAGUGAUUUAGUGGUUCGUGGAAGUCGCGUAAUACACAAAAAGGCUAUCGUAAAAGGUGUGAACGAUGGCUAACGAGGCGGAAAAUCAGCUGACAGAGAAGAACGAUGCCGUUGCAGCAGGGGGCGAGAAGAUCGUCCUGAAGCGCAAGAUCACGCUGAUAAAUGGAAUUACGAUUAUCGUUGGCACGAUCAUUGGAUCGGGCAUUUUCGUAUCACCUGCCGGUGUGUUCCUGUAUACCAAAUCUGUUGGCACAUCGCUCCUCAUCUGGUGCCUCAGCGGUAUCCUGUCGACGUUGGGAGCCCUGUGCUACGCCGAGCUCGGCACCUGCAUUACCCGUUCCGGUGGCGACUAUGCGUACCUACUUGUUGCGUUCGGGCCGCUCGUCGGCUUCCUGCGGCUUUGGAUGGCCUUGCUCAUCAUACGACCCACCACGCAGGCCAUCGUGGCGCUAACCUUCGCACAGUACGCCGUGAAGCCGUUCUUCCCGGACUGUGAAGCGCCAGACAAUUCGGUCCGCCUCCUGGCGGCCGUAUGCCUGUGCUUCCUAACGGCCAUCAACUGCAUCUCGACCAAAUGGGCCAUGAAAAUCCAAAAUGUGUUCACAUUGGCCAAGCUGACGGCACUCGUGUCCAUCAUACUGGCCGGCGUUUGGUUCAUGGCGACGGAGAAAACCGACCACUUUGAAAACGCCUGGCAGGGAGACUACGCACUUUCGAGCCUGGCCUAUGCCUCCUACUCGGGACUGUUUGCGUUCGGUGGGUGGAACUAUCUGAACUUCGUCACCGAAGAGCUGGAGAAUCCAUACAAAAACUUGCCACGUGCCAUCUGGAUUGCGAUGCCAAUGGUAACGGGUAUCUAUGUGUUGGUCAAUCUGGCCUACUUCGCCGUCGUGCCCCGAUAUGAUAUGCUUGCUUCGAUUGCGGUGGCGGUCAACUUUGGAAAUCGGGUGUUUGGCCCUGUCGCAUGGUUGAUUCCGAUCUUCGUCGCUAUGAGCUGCUUCGGUGGAGUCAACGGAAUUCUGUUCACAUCAGCUCGAUUGUUCUCGACCGGAGCUCAAGAGGGCCAUCUACCAGCAUGGUUCUCGCUGGUGCACGUCAACCGGCAGACCCCGAUCCCGGCCUUGAUUUUCACGUGCGCAACGUCGAUUCUCAUGCUGAUGACACCAAACGUCGUGGCACUAAUUAACUACUUCAGCCAAAUCCUAUGGCUUUCGGUGGCUGCCUGUAUAGCUGGCUUACUAUGGCUUCGUGUGUCCAAACCCAACAUGCCACGACCAAUCCGGGUGAAUCUGGCACUUCCGAUCAUAUUCCUAACGUGCUGCCUGGUGCUCGUCAUGUUACCCUCGUUCACGGAGCCGAUGAACCUCAUUAUCGGUGUGGCCAUCACCCUGUCCGGCGUGCCCGUGUAUUAUGUCUGCGUCGUGUGGAACAAGAAUAAACCCCGAUCGAGGAAUCGACUGAUGCUGUGGAUCGAGCGCGGAUGCCAGAUAUUGUUCAACGCUGCGUUCGUCGAUUGUCACCACGAUCGGAAGAACGACCGGGAACUGUCCGAUAUGCAGACCAGUAUCGUCGACGAGAAGAAUGUUUCCGAGUAGGAUGUUGAGCUUUUUGAUGGUAAUCGUGGGAUUUCAGAUUUCUCAGAGAAUGACAUUUUACAAAUGAGCAAGAUAACGCUAUUGCAUUUAUAGGCGAUAUUGAGCACACAGUGGCCAACAGUCGAUACUAUAUUGAUUAGUGCUUAGUAAUUUUUAUUUUCGUCAUUUUAAGGUAGCCUAGGCAUUUUGUCUAACUAAGAAAGAGAAUUUAUUUUGCUAUUCAACAGGCAGUUACUGCAGAGAUAAAAAAAGAAAAGUUGUGGAAAUCUUUACUAUUGUAUCAAUAUUGAUGUCUCAAGAUCUGAAGAAUAAGAACAAAUAUACACACAGGCAAACAGCUUAGAAUAGCUGAUAAAUCUACAAUACAUUUAUAAAUAUAUCAGUGUACUUAAUAAACGUAUUGAAAACA